AGUAAAAUCUUUGAAUUUGUUGCAUGUUGUGUUAAGUUUUGUUCAUUGUAGCUAUCCAUCUAACUUGAAUUAUCUUUUCAACACCAGUAGCUAGCUAGUUGAACAUGGACAAAGAUGUUGUGCUUGCCAUUCAGCUGCAGGAGCAGUUUGACUUCGAGGCAUCCUCAUACACACCAACUGAUGAUAACUGUGGCCAAACCAGCAAAGAAAUGAAAGUUGAGUCUAGCAGCAACGAUGUCAUUCCCUAUUUACGUCCAUCUUGACCCAAGUCCAGAUGUGAGGGCAAUGCUUCUGGAGUUCGAUGACACGUUCUUCGGGGGAAAGCACAGUUGUGUGGAAGUCAAAUGGAGCCCUUGAAUGACACUACACUUCUGCAUGAGAUGAUCCAUCCUCUUCGUGACUCAGAACAACAGAGGUCAUGAUGGGCAUGGACCUGAGUUCUGCAAGCACAUGGAAAGAAUCAACCAAGCCGCUGGAACUAAAAGCACAGUCUAUCACACUUUCCAUGAUGAAGUGGAUCUCUACUGUCAGUACUGGUGGCGGUGUGAUGGGCCCUGUCAGACUCGUAAGCCCUACUUUGGAUAUGUGAAGAGGGUAAUGAACCGUGCCCCCUCAGCCCAAGACGCAUUGUGGGGGGAUCACCUACGCUCCUGUGGGGGCACCUAUACAAAGGUCAAGGAGCCAGAGGGUUAUGGAAAGAAACUAAAAAAGACAGACAACAGCCAAGGCAAGACAGACAUCAGCAAAGACAAGAAGCCUACAGACAAGCCCACAAGCAAGUGCAAGGCUUCCAGCACAUCUACUGCAGGCUCUGGAUUACAGGAUAUAAGGAAUAUCAUUCCAUUCAGUGACAAAGGUUUUUUGCUUGGAGGGAGUUCACAGCCACCAUCAUCAACUCAAAAACCUCUUGUCAACAGUCCCACAAAACCUCUCACUACUCCUUUGUCUCCCAGACUUGUACUGUCUCCUCCAGCUCAGGCAACAGCUAAAGGAAUCAACUCGCCUGAACGGCCAGGUCUGAUUAUCCCACAGAAGAAGGGAAGCACCACAACCUACAUAGCAGGGGGAGCCCAUGGUCCCUUCAGAGGACAGAAACAGCAAAAAAUGUCAGCAAAUCCAAGGCAUUUUUAAACAUCAAUGGUUCACAUGCUAGGGUUUACAAACCCAACAGCACUGUGACCAAGCCACAUAGUGACUCCUCAGAUGCUUUAAAGACCAAACAAAGUUUUGUCCAAGGCCUUGUUAACGCCAGUGGCUGGAAGUCUGGAAGUGCAGCUAGAACUAGUACCUCCACUGUCUCAAAACCAGCAGCUGAGACCAAAAGUGCAUCUUCAUCUGUGGGUGGUUUGAACUUUGGAAAACAAGCCAAAAACKGCCAUUUCCUCAGAUACCAGACAACUGGAGAGCCAUCGCUCUGGUGUUCCGGCCGCAUCAAAACCUGGGUCCCCCGAGCCUCACCAUUCCAGCUAUUUCGAAGGCCCUGAAAAGCCUAGUAGAGUCAACAUUCCAGUUUCUAGGAAGAGGCCUUGGGAAGACUGCACUUCUGCUCACAUCUUUGACCAUCAAUGUCUAGGUGUACAACAGAGGACAAAGCAGCCCCUUCUGCAGUUCAGAAGAGCACUGCCAGCUCUGCAAGCCUUAAUGUGACCGUCAGUGGCCCAGUAUGCCAAGCCAAGGUGCAAGAGUCAAUAAUCAAUGCACAUUUAGAUUCCUGUCUCUCGUGAGAACGGAAACGUGAGCUGAAAGCCCAGCAACCAUUUUAUAUCGCAAAACUUUUAACAAGUCUCAGCAUAGGUGAAGUUUUAGAGUUUGUUUCCUUGAAUUCAAAGCUGAUUUUGCUUAUAAGUUUAAAUGUAAUUUCUAUCUCAUGUAGGACUGCUGUAAGAGAUACAGGUUUGAAGUUUUCCAGUUUGACUUUUGCUUGCAUCUACUAUGUCUUGUAGCCCAUUGUUCAAUUGUGAAAUUCUAUCUCAAACUAUCCAAAUGUUUUAGCGUUGGAAAUGUCCUCUCUUAGGAAGAAUUGAUUUCAUUGGUACCACUUCUACUUGAUGGUUUGAUGUUGCUAUGACAUAGGCAAUUUAUAUAGUUGCUGCGGUCUUGAAUUUGGAAUAUGUCUGUCUGGUAUGCUGAUCUGGCAUUAUAACAUUUCACACAUGCUUGCUAUUCACUGGUAUGAAUUUUAUUUAAACAAUCAAAUGUUCUUACAAUACCCUAAGUAUCUUCUGGCUGAAUGUGCCUUUUCAUAGUCCUCCUCAAUGUCUGACUACAAUGGCAGACUAAUGGAAAUCAAUAAGAGUCUCAAGUACCAUUUCAUCAUAUCACUAAACUAAUUCAAUUGACUGAAAAAUUACAUCAUUCUCGGACACAUAUACUUCAAUACCCAUACAUGCUCAGAUGCUUUUGAAUAGAUUUCCUGCCUCCCCAAGGGUGUAGACCAACGACGAGAAAUGUCUGUUGAUUCACUUUCAAAGAGUGCAGGAUGGUUUUAUGAGGACGUAACUAGACGGGCCAAGAGAGCAAUGACAGUUUCCGUAAAGACAAACUUAUUGUGCAAUUUAAUACCGAUAGUGCUCUUUUCAAGUACAGUACUAUUUGAGUCUGUGGUCUCACAUGCAUCAAGGAAUGUUUAUCCUAGAAUAAAACCAAGGAAUAUGUUAUUUAGGGAAGGAAAGUGCAGGGGCAGUGGGGUGAGCUAAAUGUCAUAGAAGAGAGGAAGGCAGCAGAGUUCAAGGAGUCAAAGACCAACAAUAAGACUGGCAGCUGUGUCACAACUUCUGCUCCUCCUGACCUGCAAGAUACUGAGAACAACCCAGACAAUUAGCACAAUGACAAAUAUGUAGCAUAUUAUGGAUUUUAGGAAGAAAACAGACAAAAGAGCAGUGCUAAAAUUAGUUGCACCCUGUUAUCUCUAGCCUGUAUUUAAUGUUUCCUCAGUGGUAAACUGACAAUCCUUUCAGCUUGAGUGCCGUGAAAAGGCACCAGCACUCAUGUUGAUUAUGAAGGCUGUAUGGGGUAGUCACUAACUGUCCUUGUCUUGACUACACAAUUUAAAAACUCAUUUUGAGUUCAUUUCAACUCAUAUUGAUGCAAUGCCAAUUCAUAUAAAAUAAUAUGUUUUAAGUGAGGGAAUACAUGCAUUUGUUUGUUUUUCACAUUUAAAAUGACUUAUGUCAGUUGUUGAGACCUUGCUUUUUCAAUGACAUCUGCCAUUUUUUAGGCCACAUGUGCCUCUGUGGGUUGGGCUUCAUCUCUUUGUUGAGGGUCUGUUGUUAGUGAAGAAGGACCAUGGAUGGAAAGCCCACCAUCUGUCCUUCAUACUGACACCUUUGUUCUGCAGACACAUACUUGUCAUGAUGACCUCACCCACCCUCAGUUUGCGUGUUGUACUAUUCUCAGUCAAUGGUAUUCAUGUUGCACAUGUCAAGUUUGUUUCUUUUCCAAGUGUUCCUUUAUCCUAAAGAAAAUAAGCUUGAGAACUUUAAUUUGAUAAAAUGUUGAAUGAUGGCUAUUUGGUGGUGGCUCAUUAAAACUGUCUUCAUAAUAAAUCAUUCCACAUAA